UCCAUCUUUCUCUCUCACAGCGAAUCACACAGUACGGUCUGUUAUACCCAGCUAAAUUUGCUAAUAAUUUUCCAGUAGAAAAUUCUCCGUUUUGAAGCGUGGGUAUAUAUAUGAAUCGGUGUUUUAUAAGUGGUUUUGUGGUGUUAUUUGGUGGUAGAAGACAUUUUUGGAUUGCAGGUGCGCUUCGCAACGUAUUAUCUACUUUGCCGAGGUUGUUUCAUGUUUUCGUACAAAUAUGAUUGAAUUCACGAUAAAAACUUUGGACGGUAAAGACCAUCGUUUUACCGUGGAAGAUGAUAUUACUGUUGCUCAGCUUAAAGAGAAGGUGUUGGCGCAGAUGGGAGUUGAGAUUGAACUUCAACGUUUGAUCUUCUGUGGAAGAGUACUACAAGAUGAGAAAAAACUGGCAGAUUAUGGUGUUCAAAACAAAGUAAUACACAUGGUGCAAAGGGCUCCGCCAUGCUUGGAAGCCCGUUAUUCUGCGCUAAGGGAAAGGGAACGAGAGAGGGAGAGGGAGCAGAUUUUCACUAACCAAAUCAGCUUCAAUUCAGAUAAUUUAGGACCGGUACAAAUAAAUACUACACAGCAAAUGAGAAGGCUCGUGGCGUUGGCUGCUACUGCUAAUGGGAUUGAGAUCGAAGAUGAGCCAGCUAACACUCAGUCACCGACCUCUGCUCGAAUGGAAUUCCUUCGCCACAUUAUAGAAGAAAUAAAGGCAUUCCUUGAAGCCAUAAAAUUAAGCGAGAGUGAUGAGCCACGUAAUUAUCCAACUGAUGAUCCAUUGGAGUCUACAAGCGGAAUGGGUGCGUCUAGUUCGGGGCAGGACGAGGUGAUGUGUGAAAUCCACCAAAGCCCGCUUCUAUAUCAGAUUGAGGCAAUGUCAGGAGCUUCUCGGGAGAGCCGAGGGCGCAGGAUUCGUGCAAUGCGUCCGAUACAUCACACACCACCACGCGAUUUUGCCGAUCUCCUCGAAGAACUGAACCGUCUCUACGACGAGUUUGCUCCCUUCAGGGACUUGUACAUUGGGACGCUGCGCGACGCUAACACUCCCGGCCCCGCUCUCUCUGAAGAAAACCUGCAGCGUAGACAGCGCACAGCUGAAAUAUGUUCCGAGUUGUACCAUAGCUUCUCGCACGCAUUCCACGCAGUGAGCGACGUCAGUCUGCUAUUGAACAAUGGAAACUCACGGCUCACUUCUGAAGCGCUUUUGCGGCACACACUACCCGUGCAGGCGCAUAUUAAUGUCGUACAAUCAUCGACUACACGGCGUCCUCUUAAUUCGUCUGGCCCCGUUAAUGGGUCCAACCAAAUGCCUGCCGAUGCUCAGCCAGUGCUAAUCAACAACUCCCAACCCGGUAGGAAUACCACACAGCCAACUGUCAAUAUAAAUAUACAACCAGACCCCGUUACCUAUCAAGUUGAAAUAGAGACCAGUGUACCCAUACCGAUCAAUCUCGAAAAUACAAUUAACGGUGCAAACCAGGCCGCUAGUACGGGUGAAAAUAAUCAAAGCCAAAAUCAAACUCAGGGCCAGACCCAGGGACAUAGUGUUAGUCAGUCUCAAGGUCAAAGUCAGCCUCAGCGACAAGGCCAGGCUGCAGGCCAGGGUCAGGCUCAAGGGCAGGGUUCAGGUCAGGGGCAGGGCGAAGGCCAGAAUCAGAACAGUAACGGUCAAGAUGGACAAGCCAACCGUCGACAAGUAAUGAUUGAUUUUGAGAAUCUCUUCAGGGGAUUGGGUCAAGGCGGAAGUCUUGGAGGCGUAGAAGUUGUGAUGAGUAUGGAGGAAAUUCCUCAAGCAAUGGGGGGUCAAGGACAAAAUAAUAACGCGCCACCAGCUGGAGCUCCACAGCCGCCUGAAGGCGGACCUGCACCUCAGCCCCAGUUUGGAUCACAAGUGUUUUUCGCUCAGAUGCCGUGGAAUGAUCUAGCGCAUGGUGAUCUUGUGCAUAAUAUCGUGUCAUCUGUUCUGCGUCAUGGCUUACCCCCCGGUGUAGAAGGGUUUUAUCAUUUACCUAAUGCCUAUCCGACCCUGGAGGAAACCAGAAAUAUGAAUCAGUACCAGGCCUUAAACCAGGCCCUAAAUCAAGCUCAAUACCGGGCCGUUACACAGGCCCUACAUGAGGCCCAGAUGGAGGCACAGAGGGAGGACGAGAUGGAGGUCCAGAGACAGACCCAGAGGCAGACACAGACUCAGGCCCAGAACCAGUCCCAAAGUCAGGCUCAAAGCCGAGCCCAGACUCAGAACCAGGCUCAAAAUCAGGGCGACAGUCGUAGUCAUUCUUCGGGUCAAAGUCAGACUCCAGCCCAGGUCAGAGACCAUAGCCCACAUAUCGAAGAAGAGGAUUACCCGGAACCAAGUCAGGGACAUACUCAAGGUCAGUUGCAAAGGCAUGACGAUCAAUCGGAGCCACAAAGUCCUUUUGAGCCCAUGGAGCAAUACCAAGAAAACGACGCUGAGGAAAACGCGAAUAUGGAACAGAACAAUCGGUCCAGACGGUCAAUAUUUCGCAGACAACUGCAGUUACAACAGCAACAUCAACAACAAGGUGCUCGACCACGAGUUCCAACACUUUCGAUUCACACUCUGGCCUACGAUAGAUUCCUGCCAUGCGACAGCCAUCACGCCAGGCGUCAGCUACACAGACGCCGUGAUCAGGCCUCACAGAAUGGAGGGCUGCUACUAAGAGACAGCAGUCUUACACGCGUACAGAAUAGCGUGGAAACUCUGUUUGAGAGAUUCGACAGAUACACUAAUAAUGAGGAAUCUCUGCUGAUUGCUGCUGUGGUGACUCUGCGUGAGGCCACAUCGUUCUCGAGAGGACGCUCUCUUGUGCCUGAAGAAUUGUUGCCUCUCCGUGAGCGCCUGCAGGUGUACAUGCGCAAUCUGAUGCAAGGAGAAUACGAAGUUGGUACCCAGGAGCAGCUGGCCGAUUUGAUUUUCGAACGUCAUUCUAGAUUUAUCGAGCGCAUUGCCGCGAUCACACCGAUACGUCAAAACGUUGACAUUGUUGAGUCAAUGAAGGCGGUGUUGAUACGCUUCCUGAAUGAAGCCAUGACCGUCUUGGACAUGGAGAGCAACGAUUCGUUUUCUCGACGGUUCCGCAUUGUAAUACCGCGCAUGUUCUACGAACUGUGCGGUGUAAUCUCUUACUUUUGCUUGGAGGGUGUGGAAGGACUCCGCACUAUAUACCGCAGUUUCUUGGCUGAUCUGCUGCAGAACCUUGAUGAACCGGCUCGCGAUCUCCUGUUCAGCAUCGCUAUGGAGAACUUAAAUGCGGCAAUCUAUCGCAUAGAGUCUCAUAAAACACACUAUGCUCAGUUCAUACGCCGCAAACCGAUCAGAAUUUGUCCUCCAUCUAGUGACUCGGAGGACUCAUUCCCAACAGAGGAGGAUAUGUUGGCUAACCAACGCGAUGCACUCCCCUGUGAUGCAUUCUCACAUAAUGCGCAUCGCCCCGGAGCUGUGCCACGACAUCAAUUCAAGUGUCCAGGGAACUACGCCAUCAGGAUGUUACGCACACGUGACCCGGCAGAGCGAUCAGAUGCAGGUUCCGCAUCAGGAUCACCGUCUUCUUCGGUUCCUACUUCCUCCUCAGCCCCUGCUGCUACCUCGUCAGCUCCUGCUUCCUAUUCGGCCAUGGACAGUCCAUCGGCUUCGCUAUCUCCUACAUCUCCUUCUGCUCCAGCUACUCCAACGCAUCCAACUGCUUCAGCUGCUCCAACCGCUCCGUCUGCUCCGAUUGACCAGAAUGUUCCAGAGGUUUCAGCAAUACCCGAAGUUUCGGCACUAUCCGAAGUCUCGACAAUACCGGAAGUUUCGGCAUUAUCCGAAGUUUCAACGAUACCCGAAGUUUCGGCAAAUUUCGGUAUUCCAGUAACAAAUAUCACCCACGUUACAAAUGACAACACAUCUGCCUCGAAUAACGUGGGCCGUGGCAGAUUCAUCCGCGGCAACAGAUCGGGCUCCACAACGUCGUCAGAUUCGUCUGGCAAUAUAAGAUUCGUACCACCUGCGCAGAUAGCGCAACAUUGGGGCGAAGACUGGGUGCCCACAUUUACACGCGACUUACAGCGACAGCGGGACACUGCUGAGCCGUACAGCGACGCGUAUCUCUCGGGUAUGCCGCCAAAGAAGCGUCGCUGUGUUCGGCAGUCGCGUCCGCCCACUACGCUCAAUGCCUUCAUAAAUGAAAGCGUAUCGGAAGUGUCAUCUGAGCUGGAUGAAGAUCAGGGCGAGGAGCUACGCGUUGCAUUCAGAGAACACGUGAGGUGCAUCGCGCGAGCCCGAGCCGCUGCCUCCGAGGACUACGAGCCGCGUAGGCUAGUGGCUACAGCGCGAUUCCUCAACCAGAAUAGGACGAGCACGCGCAAGUCGCCAGACAAAAACAGCUCGGAGUAAAUGCACUAAUAAUAACGAUCGGUUUCAAUUUAAAAGGUUUAAAUACACACCCAUACUUGUCGCCUUUACAUGGAUUAUGACUUUGAGAGAAUAUUCUCCCCAUCUUACACUGAUAUUACAUUUUGGAGUAGAGUGUAGUAUUAAAUAAAUGUUUAAAUGGUUCAUGUAAGAUAAAUACCGUAGUACCACCUAUACUAAAUUUAGUUUUAUUUCUAAAUUCUUUAAAAUAUAUUUCAAAACGGAUGGACAGGGUAUCGUGAUGCGAAUUUUUCCACCUAAUCGGCAUUAAAAAUUGGAACCCUGUCGAAAUGGUUACUUUUCUAGAAUUCAACGGUGGCAUAUUCAUAUGUACAUACUUUUGAAUUUGGAAAAGUAGCGAAAAAAUAUUAAACUAUCUGACUGAUUGUUGCGAUUUUGAUCCUUGACUAAAAUAAAUUUGGAACUUUUUUUCAGCCCUAUAAUCUGUGUUUGCAUCCCUAAACAAAAUUCCUUUGGUUUCCUUAAAUGUAAGUUACAAUAGUUUUCACUAUAAACUUCUAUUAUAUAAUAAUUCAUGUUUAAUAGAUGUUUAGAUUGGUAAUUUAAUAAUAUCUAUGUUAAUGGAUUGUAAGGUUCGCCUGUGUGUACAAUGUCAAAAUUGUACUACAGGCAGGAUUAAAAGGGGGGUUGUCACCAUUUAAAGGUAUAUGUUAUUGAUGGUUUUGGUGCAUGUUAUAUGAAUUAAAUACAGAGCUAUGAUUAUAUAAAUUCAAAAUGAUACGUGGAAAGAACUGCACUGUCACAAUCUGUCGGUCCUUAAGGAAGAUCCGUCGAAUGUGUUCAUGAACAUCGCGCAGUCUGUUCCUUCCGCGUGUUAAUAUGCGGCAUAUCUGGAGUUAAAGGAGAGUUUCACUAUAAUGUUAACAAUAAAUGUUAAAUCAUAAGUAUUUCCUUUUAAAAUGUUUAUUCAAGUAGCAAACAAUAUAUCUCAUCAUUAUAUCAAUAAAUGUUAAUUAAUGUUAUCAUUAUAUUCAAUAGAUGUUAGUUUGGACGACCUUAAGUCGGCAUAUUAAUUCAAUUUUUUCAAUGAUCCUAUUGUGAGUCCCAGUCACGGCUACGGCCAUUUUUAAACUCUACGUGUCCACAUAUUUAAUGGAAUUAAUUGUCUAUGUAUCCAGGUAUAUAACUAGGCUAAACGAUUAUCGGAAUACAAUGUUUUAAACAAUAUUUACUUAAACGUAUGUAUCGUUUCAUUACAAUUAGUAUGAGAGUUAAACAAAGUCAAAAGUGAACCAAAAUGACAAGUGCGAUCAUUAUGUAUAUUCCGUUUUAACGCUUGACACGACGAAGAGAACGUUAUCAAAUCUCGAUGGGAUUUGUUUUUAAAUUAUAGGUUGUUUUGACAUUUUGUUAACAACUGUACUGGUUGUAAUGAUAUGAACUAUGCGUCAAUAAAUUAUUUACGAUAUAAGAUGUAUUACUUAGUAUCGUGUAAGCUUGAAAAGCAGACAAAUACUUUAAUGCAAUCAGCUAAAUUAUUUUCUUUCACAUUUGAAUCUUCCUUCUUCAUUCGACUCGUCCGUCACCUUGUAUUCUGAAGCUGCGUGACCACAAAAGGAAAAUUGCCAAAUUUUGUGUCGAUAAUCGUAUUGAUGACAUUUCUGUAAUGAACUCGAGUUGUCAACAAUAAAUGUUACGAUGUUAUGUAAUUGUUGUCGAUUCCGAAGAGUUACAGAGUUAAUAACACAAAAAUUGCCAACUAUUAAAUGGAAACGCACGAUAAUGUUUGCAUUUCAAGUUUAUAUGUUUUAUUCAUUCAUAAUUGGGACUUACCCACUAUAUUACAGAUAAUCAAUUAUUAUUAUAUAGAUAAUAGUGGAUGUCGUAGAUAAUUCAGAGCUCAAUGGAUGUAUGUUAUGAUUCAAUUCCAGUUUUUACUAGUUUUUUUUUUUUUU